AUGCAGAGCGCUAUUCUUUUCGUCUUGGUGGCAUUGACGGCCGUUGUUCUGGCAGGGGGCCAGUACUACGUACCACGAGCCUACUACACCAUCGACCCUGAGGGUCACGCGUCGCUGCCCGUGCCACUGCGCCGCUUGCGCCGGUCUUUCAACCCCUACCCGUAUGCAAACGGCGGCGCGAGCGCAAAUGCCAACGCUAACGCUGAAGCCUAUGGUGGCGGUAGUGCGAAUGCCAACGCUAACGCGCGCUCGGAAGGAGGCUGGGCGCCCCCCCUCAUCGGAGGAUACGGCGCCUCAAACCCCAACGUUUUGAGUCUCCUUAAUCCACUCCAAUCAGGCUUCCGUCCUGGCCAUAGCACUGUCAAUGCUUUAGUCAAGGUUACUGAUGAUAUCCGACAAAUUAACUGGAUUGCUCUUCCUAAAGUAAAAUUCAAAGGAACUGAUAUACCUUAUAGUACUACGGCGAAAAAUCUGGGAGUGAUAUUAGACAGUACAUUAAGCUGGGAGCCACAGCUACAAUCUGUAAGUCGGAAGCUGUAUGCGUCUGCUGGUUCAUUAAGAAGACUACGUAACUUUUUACCUACUGCCACUAAAAUUAUGCUAUCUCAAUCUUUGUUACGUCCAGUCCUUGACUAUGCUGACGCUUGCUAUCCUGACCUUACGGAGGACCAGCUAAAUAAACUUGAGCGCCUUCAAAAUUUCUGCAUCAGGUUCAUAUUUGGUUUAAGAAAAUAUGAUAACGUUUCCCAGUAUCGUUCUCAACUCAAGUGGCUUUCAAUUCGUCGUCGCCGGGAUACUCAUAUACUUUCCCUUCUUUACAAUAUUUUGUUUAAUCCCUAUUACCCCAAUUAUCUCAAAGAACUUUUCAGUUUUCUCCACAGUUCCCAUGCCCAGACGUUACGCUCAUCAGAGAAUCUGAGCCUUAAAACUCCUGUACACAAUACCUCCUUCUAUAAAUAUUCUUUUUGUGUUGAAGCUGUGCGCCUCUGGAACUCUCUUCCUGUUGAGAUUAGACGUGCACAGACUAUAGGAAAGUUUAAAAGUGAGAUAAAGGAAUUUUUCCUUUUACAAUAA